GUAAACAGUUUGUGAGACCAAAACACUUAAGCAAGACAUACAAGCUAUAGCAUCCACAGUGAGAUAAAUCUGGAAAAUACAAACUUCCCCUGCUGCACACAUAAUACAAUUUUCCAAAAAUCUACAGAUGAAGAUGUGGAAAAGAAAAAAGAAAGACUGUCUUCAGACAAAGAUCAACACGUGUGAGGAAGGGGACUCAGAUUUGUAUGUGACACUCACGUCUGCUUCUAAAAAUCCUUCCACAAAAGCCACUGGACUCCAGAGUGAUCUAAUAUUUGAAGAACUUGGUCGCCGUAUCAAGGAGGUUGGCAGUCAACUUGUCAAAAAGAUGAAUGCUGUCUUUCAGUGGGACAUUGUAUGUGGAGAGACAAUAAUGGCACAGUGGACUCUAGAUCUGAAGACAGGCUCUGGUGAGGUCUACCAAGGAGCAUCUCGCAAGCCUGCCAACACUGUGUUUACUCUCUCUGACCAUGACUUCAUGGAGCUUGCUCUGGGUAAGAUGAAGCCACAGAAGGCUUUCCUGGCUGGCAAAGUGAAGGUGAAGGGAAAUGUUCUGCUCAGUCAUAAACUGGAAACGCUCCUCAGAGAAUAUGUUAAGCUCUGAGUUGCUCACCUCAUCAACAAGAAGACUGAUAAAAUCCUUUAUUCUCUUUAGUCAAGAUGAUGGUCUUAGAGGAGAAGGAAAUUAAAAUGCAGACUAUUUUAAUGGGAAA